AUGAGCACUCACGAAGUGCGGCGACGAGGAGGUCCCUUUGAAAAUAGUACUGGUGGUGCGGAGAUGGAGGGGGUGUAGUGUUUUUAUUUUUGCGCGUCCAACGUUAGUCAACUAUACAAAAAUCGGUCUUACAAAUGCCAUCGCUUCCGUUUUGUUUUUUUAUAUAUGUCGCGAAUGUCCGAUAAAUCGGUGUGUCGUGUACUCUGUGGACACCGGCUGGUACAUAGUUUUCGCGGCAAGGCAUGGACAUUCUCGGGCUUGGACAACCUCGCCUGCAACCAAGCACGGAUACAAAUUUCCCUUGACUGGGUUUGGACCGGCGUUUCGGAACCCUGCCUAACCUUGGAGGUUGGCAAAGGUGCGCCCGACCGGGUUACGCAGGUUGCACAACGCCUAGGGGUUACAUGUCACGUUAACCCCCCCGUAACCGUGCCCACUGGGCACCUGU